AUGAACCAUCCAACGAGGAAAAGAAUUUUCGAGCCCACAGACUACUACACUGAUGUUAGAAAAUUUACGGACUGGAUAUGUCUGAUCUCAGGUGUGUGUCCCGGGCAACCGCGACAGAAGCGACCCCAGGAGCAAAAGAGGACGACGAUGUACGGUGUCCACCUGGUUCACGACACUGGAUUUGCGAGCUACUCGGAUAUCCAGAUUCUCAUUGAGAACCAUCAAAAUGUCAGCAUAAAUCAAGCAAAGGCUAAAUCUCUUGUAGAGCAUUAG